AGCUCAUUACAGGAAUUUGAGAUGUGUGGGAGUGUGUGAUAGUGAUGCAGCCAACAGCCUCUCUGCUUCUCUCCAUGCCUCCCUCCAUCUCUCACCCACUCUAUCACUCCGCAGUCUGCGUUCUCAUUCCCUCCCUCAGCUGCCUUCCUCUGAGAAAGUGUUUUUUUUUGCGGACGGACGAGAUGUUGGCCACGCUCAUGACAGUGCUGUUUCUCGUGGUGCGAACUGUGGAACAGCUGACCGCGGGUCUGUUUCAUGAGGAGCUGCAGCCCUACCUGGUGUAUCAGCCUCUGCCCUGGCAGGUGCAGUGCGUCUCACACAACAGGAGAGGGAGCCGUCUUGAUGAGAAAGAUGGCAGCUCUCGUCACCGGAGCACGGGAGGAGUCCGGCGCAUCUGCUCCAGUGUGAGUGGGGAGCUGCCUCGUCCCAGCCACACUGUCGCAUCUCCAGAGAAAGCCGCUGUGAUGAUCCAGACUCAGUACAGGAAGUACCAGCAACGCAAGCAGAAGGACCCCAAAAAUGCCUGAACCCCGACCCCCGACCUCUCAGCAAUCAUCACUUCCAACUUCCGGCCAAGCAGAGUUCCUUCAACCCGCUGUCAGGACUGACAGACAGACCGUGACGAGCAGAGAGGUGAGGAGCCGUGCUGCUGCAUGGAACUCAUUUCUGAUUCUUCCUGUGUGUUCCUCUCUGGUUUAUUCUGCUGCCAUGCAUUAAACAAAAAGAAAAAAA